UCAUAGACUACAAUACUCGUCUACCUGCCGUUACCGCAAAAAUUAUCAAAAAGAUAACAAAUAAUAUGAAUUUGUGAAAGUGUCGAACAAUGGCUAACUUUAAAUUAGCAUUAAUAGUUUUAGUAGUAAGUGUUAGUGUAAUUGCACAGGACAAUGUAAGUGAAACGGAAAGAACUGCUAAUGAAGACGUUAUUGAAGAGGCCCCAACAGGUGACGUAGAAGAUAAAUCUGAAAGCCCAGUAGAUGAUGCAGUGGAGGUAGUAGCGGAAUCAAUACAAGAAAAAAGCGGCAAAUAUCAACUAUUAGAAGAUGAGUUGAUUGGAGAUGUACCUAAUAAUUUGGAGGCCGUUGAUUUGAGUGAUAUUCAGAUUGAGAGGCAGAUGCUAAUACCCUCAACUACCUCUCAAACUAAUACUGAGUAUGCUCACAUUGAUGGCAGAGUACUUCCCUCAGUAAGUUACCAGAACAAUGGCCAGCCCUACGUCAUCACGCCGCAGCGGCUGCAGCAAAUACGUAGUAACUUCAUGUACUGGUUCUACGACCAGGGGGGCAACGAGAACAUUGGAGAUUACCAACGUGAUAUACACACGUCUACCCCACAAAUUCACAAGAACUUCAAUUUCCAACUACCUUUCUUUGGCUUCCGAUUUAAUUAUACCAGGUUAUCCAUGAACGGUUAUAUCUACUUCAGCGACCCGCCAGACCACUACACCUACCCACUCUCCUUCCCAGUACGAGAUUGGCCUACUGUAAAUGACCCCUCGUUCAUUGGUAUCUUCUUCAGCAAAUGCCGUAUUGGAAGUCAGCGACCAGAGGACCCUGAUCAGCGGAGACCUGGAGUUUAUUUCAGAAUGGAUAGAGAUUUGCAGACAAGGACUGAUCAACUUGGAGUAGAAAUGCGGGAACGAGUGACCUGGGACAUCCGCGAAGGUGUUAUUGGUUCUGAGACAUUUUUCCCAAAACACGCAAUCACUAUCACUUGGAAAAACAUGUCCUUCGCUGGGGGAAUAGAUAACUCUCUCUUUAUGACAAACACUUUCCAAAUGAUCUUAGCUACUGAUGAAGUUUUUACAUACGCUAUAUUUAACUACCUUGAAAUCAACUGGAGCUCACACACUGAGGCUGGUGGUGAUACUACCACUGGAGAGGGUGGUGUACCGGCAUACAUUGGUUUCAAUGCUGGUAACGGUACACGUAGUUAUGAAUACAAGCCGUAUUCUCAGGCGUCAGUACUUAGAGAUCUGACAGGCAGAGGAUGGGCGAAUGGUUUUCCAGGUCGGCAUAUAUUUAGGAUCGACGAAAACAUGUUGAUGGGAACUUGUAAUAAGGAUAUUGAUGGUGCCAACCUGCCUUUAAUGUUUGCUCCGGAGUCCGGUAACAUGCUUGGCGGUACAAUAGUCAACAUAACAGGCCCCUGUUUCAAUCCGAACGAUCGAAUCACUUGCAGAUUCGACACAGAAUCCGUUCCCGGUGCUGUCGUUGAUGUGAAUAGAGCAAUUUGUGUUCAACCAAUGUUUUACCACAAUGGUUAUGCAAGAUUCGAAAUAUCUAUAAACAAUGAACCCUUCAAAUGGAAAGGAAAGUUUUUUGUUGAGACACCCGCAACAGCUCAGGAGAAAAUCUUCUUCACCGACAAUGCCGUCCACGAGAGGUAUCCUCCCGAAGUCCGCAUAACCUGGGAUCGAUUUAACUUAACAAGCAAUCUGAACGUUCAGCUGCAAAUAGGGUUGUGGGGAUAUAAGGAAGUCACUAUCAGGCCUCAAUUGGAAUUCAUUGACAUGAUAGAAGUAGGAGUGGCUAAUACAGGAGAAUACGUAAUCAACCCCCAAAACUUCAGGAAUAGAGAUAAUCUUAUUCACAAUGAUAUGCAAUUUGGGUUCUUACAAAUCAAUUUGACGACUCCAGAAGUUUAUAAGGGCGUUUCUAUUUCUCCAGUACUAUGGAGUAGACCAAUACCACUCGGUUGGUACUUUGCUCCCCAAUGGGAAAGGCUGUACGGUCAACGGUGGGCGAACUCUUUAUGUAAUAACUGGCUGAGAAAUGACCGUUUCUUGAAGAACUUUGCAUCCCAAGUUUGGGUCUGUCCCUGUACUAUGGAGCAUGCUCUUUUGGAUAAAGGAAGAUUUUUACCAGACCCAAGUUGCGACAAAGAUACCAAUCCCACUUGUAGAUACCACUGGGGUGCUAUACAUUGUGUUAGGAGCGCAUCCCCGAGUCCUGAAGGAUCAGGUCAACAAUGUUGUUACGACAAGAAUGGAUUCCUAAUGUUGUCGUACGAUCAAAUGUGGGGUUCCAGACCACAUAGAUCACACGACUUCGGUUUCACUCCCUACAACGAGGCUAAUAAGGUGCCUUCUUUAUCUCAUUGGUUCCAUGAUAUGAUUCCCUUCUACCAAUGCUGUAUGUGGCAGGAAGAGCAGGCUGUAGGCUGUGAGACCUUCAGAUUCGAACGCCGUCCCUCACAAGAUUGUGUUGCUUAUCAGUCGCCAGGAGUCGCUGGUGUAUUCGGUGAUCCUCACAUUGUGACGUUUGAUGAUCUUCAGUACACAUUCAAUGGAAAAGGUGAAUACGUCUUGGUUAGGGUUGAUGAACCUCAGUUAAAAUUGGAUGUUCAAGGACGAUUUGAGCAAGUAUCAAGGAACAUAUACGGGCCAGUUAACGCUACGCAUAUAACAUCCAUUGUCUCCGCUUCUAAUAAUUCAGUUCCUAUUGAAGUGCGUCUUCGGCCACAGCACUCACAAUGGCGCUAUCGUUUAGAUGUCUUCGCUGAUGGGAAACGUAUCUUCUUCGACCGGCCAGCUCUUCGAGUUCAAUACUUUCCAGGUGUGACAGUGUAUCAACCCAUGUACAUUCUCAACCAAUCGGAAAUCGUUAUUAUGUUUUCUUCCGGGGCUGGUGUCGAGGUUGUUGAGAAUAAAGGCUACAUGACUUCCAGAGUAUAUCUCCCUUGGACUUAUAUGAAUCGAACUCGAGGAUUAUUUGGAAAUUGGUCACUGGAUAUCAACGACGACUUCAUGAAACCGGAUGGAAGUUUGGCAACUGUCGAUCUCAACAACUUCCAAAGUGCACAUCGAGAGUUUGCUCAAUAUUGGCAACUCACGGAUCGAGAACAAAAAGAUAUAGGAGUCGCAAUGUUUACACGUGAAUACGGACGAACAGCAGCUUACUACAACGAUAACCAAUUCAUACCGAACUUUAUAAAGGAACCAGCCAACUUCUUACCAGCAAACCGUUCGCAAGAUGUCGCAAGAGCUAUAGAAAUAUGCCAAGAUUCUUAUCAGUGUCGAUAUGACUAUGGAAUGACCCUGAACAGAGACAUGGCUGAAUUUACGAAGAAUUAUUUGGCAUCUAUUACUAAUAUCAAGGAAACCAAUGCACGGCGAGUUAUCAGUUGCGGUAUUCUGGAAACACCUCGGUUUGGACGAAAGAGUAACUUCUUCUUUACGCCUGGAACAAGGGUAAACUUCGAAUGUAAUCAAAACUUCAUAUUAACCGGAGACAAGCGCAGAGUUUGCGAAGAAAACGGCAGAUGGAAUCUUCCCGACUACGGAUACACUGAAUGCUUACGUAACCAGGAAUACUCACAACAAACGCUGUUCCUUACCUGGGGCAUCAUAGUGGCAAUUAUUGUACCGUUGGCUCUGCUAAUUUGCCUUUGCUGGUUUUGGUGCUAUUACAAACCCAAAUCAGAAGGCAAAGAAGGCUUCCGCUUCGAAAAUAUACCGCGAUCGAAAUCCGCAUCCCGUCUUAGUCUUAGAUCACACUCAAUGGGGAACAUCACCGAUACAAUGAAAUCAUCAACUUUACAUAGUCAGUAUUCAGAUAAACCAAAAACACCGGGCACCCCAACAGAAGAACCUAUUAAACCCCUUAUAGGUAGAUCAGCCCCACCUCCUCCCAACGAACCCUUAGAUGGUGAAACAUCUGGCAUAGGCUACACUGACUCAAACAAAAGUGAUUCCAAUAAAUCUGAUAAACCGUCUAGUUUAAAAAAACGCAGAGGUUACGAUAAGACUUAUAGAACUAAUGAACCUUUACCAAAUGCUCCAGAAGUUGAAUUCCCUGAGAAACCUUGGGAUUUAUCUGAGGAAGACUUAUUAUCAAUAACAUCCCCAUCUGACUCUGAGUCUAAUAGAGAUUCAACACUUACCCGCCCAGCUAAGGAUAUAGAGUUCCUGAAGCCUCGUCAAACUGGACGGCGUGUUCUUCCCAGUGAGUCUGGAUAUUCUACAAAGGAAUCGGAAGAUCCAUAUUCCCCUAAAUAUGAUGGGCAAAUUAGUCCUAUUUCAUCUCAUUAUUCACCUACUUAUUCUGAAAUCUAUUCGCCCCCUAUAAGUCCGACAUCCGAUAUUAGUCCAAGGAAUACUUACAAUAAUCCUGGAUUACCAGAGCCUCCAAAGAGUGCUCCGGCAACUGAAAUUAAAACAUUUACUCUUCCACCACAAAGAGGCAAAUCUGAGUACUCACAAAGGACCCUCGGUGCCACAUGGGGAAUUAUUAGUGCUGUGAUGGUACCAAUCGCUAUCAUCAUGAUCUGUAUUGGAUGGAGAAUCCUACUGAGAAAGAAGGAAGAGGAGAAAGAGGAACUUGCUUAUCUAGAAAAGACUCGUCAAAUUGAUCCAGAUGAAUCUGUCAAAAUUAACUCUGAUGAUGAUUCAAUUCCUUACAAAAAAGACGUGACUGAAGACAGUCCUGAGCCCACAGAGCCCAUGCAAAGUUACGCUUACGGACAACAACCUCAGGGAUACCAAGGCUAUCAGGAAUCACCUCAGGAAUACGCUUCAGAAUCGCCUCAGGCGUUCGUCCAGGAACCUCAGCGGUAUCCCGAAGGUCCUCAGCAGACUUUUACUCCUAACAGACCACAACCCUUGCAAAACAUUCAACAGCCAGGAAGCCAAUGGAGUGGCGAAACGGAAAUAAAUUAAAAUUUAUAGUUAUAACUUUAACAUUACUUUAGCUUAACGUAUGACUUUUUAUAUUAUAUUAUUGUCUACUUCUAAUUAAAAAUAAUUAUUAUUGCUAUUAUUACUACACAUUUGAAUCAAACUAAAUAAAAUGAUAUAAACGCUUAUCACCA